UUAAAAUAAAAGGUGUGUCAAACAAAACGCAAAAUGCUGUGGACAGUUAUUGUAAUUUCUUGCCUUGUUCCUUAUUCAAGCGCAAAAGAUUAUUCUCUACUUGAACCAACUUUUGGCAAUAAUGUGGAAAUAGAUAACUGUCUGGAGAAAAUUUUGAGUAAAGUGAUUUUGCCCGACUCUGAAAUUUUUUUAAUCAAUUCGCAGUUUAAAGUCCCAUUUCCGGUGGUUUACCAGAAUUUGUCCCUGAAAUAUUUCCGCGUUUUUAAAUUUCGUAAACCAGACAUUUACAUUGUGACACUAGACGCAAGUAUUGCCACAAUAAUCGAGUCUCUUUUACAGUUUCAGAUUUAUAAUCCCAGAGCUACCUUUAUAAUAGUCCUGGAAACAGAUGCCCAAAAUGUUUUCCCACAAUUAUUGAAAUACUUCAUUCACGAUGUAAUUUUACUGGAACGGAACAAUCUGACUCUAACGACGUUUGAACCAUUGAAAAACGAAAAAAUAUUUGAUGGAAAUCUUGAACCAAAAAUUUUGGGCAAUUGCGAGGCUUUUGAUUUAUCAAAGAGAGACAAAAAAGUACCGAAACUGUGGAGAAAUACAACGGUUUCGGCGGUUUUUCACGACUUUUUUCCCUAUUUGUAUGACGCUAAAACUAGGUUAAGAGGCGGUGAAUUCUACCUUUACCAGCAGUUCUUCGAAAAAGUGGCUUUCAAAAACCAGACUUUUCUCAAAAUUGAUUUUGCCGGUUUUGGGAAACGGAACGGCACUUACGAGGGCACCUUAAAAAGUCUCUACAACCGUGAGGCAACAAUCCUAUUAAACUUGUACGAAGCCCACGAAAAUUUAAUUCAUGAUUUUGACAUGGUACCACUCUAUAUGGACAUUUCCCAGUACUGGGUGGUACCCCAUGCAAAACCCCGAGCGUACUGGAAGGCAAUUAUCUACAGUUUUAAAUACGAUAUUUGGCUGAUAAUUACUUCGCUCCUCGUUUCGUUAAGUCUGAUUUGGCAAUGUUUGGACAACCGAAGCUUCAUUGCAUCUUUUUUGGUGAUGUACCAAAUAUUGAUUGAAGCAUCCCUUCCUAGUGUAGUCAAAAUUCGGUCAAACUUGACCCGACUUUUCCUUUUUGCGGUCCUUUUGCCCUUUCUGGUCAUAUCAACGACUUUCAGAACUGCAAUGAUCCAGUCACUCACAAGCAACUCGUACGAAGCACAAAUCGAUUCUUUGGAAGAUUUAAUUGAGAGCAAAGUGAGUUGUAAUAUCACAGAAUCGAUCCAAAAAACUUUCGCUUCUUCUGACGACAAUGUCGCCAAAUAUGUCAAGAAUUGUAACACUCACAAGUCAGAAGACGUCAAUAACGCGAUUUUUGAUCAAAUUGUGGCUGGGAGAAAAGUUGCAACAAUCUCCAGAUUGACGCAGUACAGAAGAGCGUUGACUAGACUUUAUCAAGAAGGGUUUAAAGGGCCGAUAAUGCAUGUGAUACCAGCACGGGUUAGUCAGAAUUAUAUGAAUCUUUACUUAGCAAAAGGAACUCCGUUUUAUCACCGUUUUUGCGAAAUUAGUGGAAGGUUUCAGUUUAAUGGAAUCACCACAAAUCUUUUCAGAAAUAUAGUAUGGCAAAGUAAAAGGGUCAUAAGUUCUCAUCAGUUAAAUAAGUCGAACAAAUUGUCGAUCAAACAAGUUGCUGUGGCUUUCUAUCUUUUUCUGAUCGGGCUGGGGGCUGCGUUCUUGGUGUUUCUGGCCGAAGUUUUAGUCAAAAUGUACUUGUAAAGCUUGUUGUUGUUGUCAUCAAAGACUUCAAGACAAAUAUACGGUUUUUGUUGA